UUGAAUGCUCCGCUGCCGCUGCUACUGGCGCUGCCGAUGAUGGCCCUCUCGCAGCAAAUGUCAAGACCCAAUUGAUUAUGCUCGCAGAGGAGCCAGCCAGCCAGCCAGCCAGGCUGAUCAUCUCAACUGGGUCGCGUCUCGUUUAGCCUCGAAGCAACCCACCACGCACCACCAGCAUCAUCCACGCUCCGUCACGAAACAGCAAAGUCUUGCUAGAAGGGAGGGAAUAUGCAAAUUGAGUCAUAGUGCACAGUUGUCUAUGCCGGUUGUACAGUGAUUCGUCCCAAGAGGGGGAGAGAGCAGCAGGGGAGGAGUUUUGGUGUGCGGAUGAGCGAGCAGCGAGGAUGAGAGAGUGCUCGGUGCUACGUUUUCUUUGAGAUCGUUCCGUUGGUUGGAAUGUGGAUUUUGGUUUUGCGGGUGAUUUUGUAUUGCCUUCACUAGGAGGAGCGGGAGCUGGGUCUUCGGUUUGGAAGAAAAAGGUUCCGGGAGUGCGAAAGAUGUAGAUCGAGAUCGGGGGCGGUGGGGCUGAGGUUGCUCGCGUAGAUCUGGGUUGGGAAGGUUGGCAUCUGAGGAGGGCGCCGAUCUUUGAGUGAGAGUGUGGAUUAAUUUGGUGAGGUAAAGAUCACAUUUUCUCUGAUUAUGUAAGUGUGUUGCAAACUGCUCUCGAGCGCGGCAGAUCGUUACGAAGGGGUAUUGGUAACUGUGCCACGCUCCAUCUCGCAUGUGAAAACGCACAGGUGUAGACAGAGUCGAUGGAGAUGAUUACAGGAACAGGUUUAGUUAGAACAAACUUUUGUGGGGUAGAUGUAGGAAGAAGCAGUCCAGCGAUUAGCUCUUCUCUGUGCAAUCAUUGCGAGUCGCUCACGUCCACAUUGAGAACUCCUGGAGCGUGCCAUGCUCUGAAAUCGAGAUUAGGAUAUUGCUUCUCCAGUUCGUUCUCGGUUGGCGACGGGCAAGCUCCGCUUAAGGUAUCGGCAGGGUUGAAUGGCGCAACGAGGGAUCUCAAUGCUGCAGCGGCUACAGGAAAUGGAGCCUUCACGGGGGGCAACAGGGCCGAGGACGUGAACGAGCCUCUUUCUAAUGUAGUGCCACGUUCUCUCCUUGAGAAAGACAGUGAAGCGUUUAGGGCAGUCCUUGCCGCCAUAGCCAGUGUGGCACUGGCGGCGGAGACCCAGAGGCGGCAUGAAGUUUUCUCUGGAAAAACAAGAGUCCCCGUUGAUGCUCUUCGGCAGGGUAGACUUGUGGAAAGUAGGCUAGUUUAUCGACAGACUUUCGUGAUUCGGUCAUAUGAGAUUGGAGCUGAUCGAACGGCUUCUAUUGAGACUAUGAUGAAUCAUUUCCAGGAGACGGCUUUGAAUCAUGUGUGGAUGUCGGGAAUUGCUGGAGAUGGUUUUGGAGCAACGCGUGCAAUGUCUUGCAGGAAUCUAAUUUGGGUCGUCAGCCGGAUGCAAGUCCACGUUGAGCAGUAUCCUGCGUGGGGCGAUGCUGUUGAGAUGGAUACGUGGGUGGCAGCGUCCGGUAAGAACGGGAUGCGUAGAGACUGGCUUGUGCGAGAUUACAAAACAGGACAAAUUCUAGCCCGUGCCACCAGCACGUGGGUGAUGAUGCACAGAAAGACGAGAAAGCUUUCCAAGAUGCCUGAGGAAGUCAGAACCGAGAUAUCUCCCUAUUUUCUGGACAGAUCAGCAAUUAAACACGAGAGCAUGUUGACGCAGAAGAUCAUCAGGCUCGAUGGCAAUGCUGAGUUUGUUCGCUCGGGGCUAACGCCAAGACGCAGUGACUUGGAUAUGAACCAGCAUGUGAACAACGUGAAGUACAUUGGUUGGAUGAUGGAGAGUGUACCACCUACAAUUUUGGAUAAUUACGAGUUGGUUAGUAUGAACCUGGAGUAUAGGAGAGAGUGUGGACAGUCUGACGUGGUGCAAUCAAUGGCCAGUCUUGAGCCAUCAACCUCGGGCUCAUUGGAGUCGAAUGGAAUGACAAAUAGGGCACGCAAUGGUGCUUCUAAUAGGGCAAUGCAUACCUUCUCUCACGCAGCAGAGCUACCGACAAUCACGUCUCAGAUAAAAAUUGCGGAUGCCAGUGUAGGAUUUUUACAAUUUGUACACUUGUUGCGGAUGGAAAGUGAUGGAGCAGAAAUAGUUCGAGGGAGAACUUGUUGGAGACCAAAAAAUAUCCUGCUUCCUUCAUAGCAUAUACGCUACUGAAUCCACUUCAUUACUUCGACUGUAAAGGCCGUUGAUUGACAGGUUAGGUGCUCACAUCAUGAAAUUACACUGGUACUUCUAUGUCCAUAGAGUUGUUUGCCUCUAUGGUAUGUGCAAGAAUAGGUUGGGGCAAAUCUGGCAUUGAUUAUAACACUUAAAAUCAACGAUAAUCAUCAAGCCUAAUUCGUUACAAUAACUAUCCAAUAUUUGUACAGAAAAGUCGUAGUUCAACUUCUCGCUCGCUUUUAUUCUCUAAAAGUGAGUUUCGCAGAUGUUCUUUUCCCCACAGCUUGUACAGGUGUAUGAUUGUAAUACAGGAUGUCUUCCUUUUUGGACCAA